ACUCCUCUACUUUUGUGUAGGGAGCGAUCCAUAAGUGGAGGAGAAUGAGAGCCGGGAUAGAACCCAGCAACAACAGGUAACCUGAAAUUCGAUUAGCAUUUGAAUUUCCCCAAUGAACAAAGAAUAGAAAAAGAAAGAGGCAUACCGACAUCUCUCCCCAUUGUACAAGGAGAAUGGUGUCCUGUCGAGGACUCUUUAUUUGCGGCGAAGACUCAAGUCCAGGUGAGGCCGAAAGAAAGAAGAAGCCAAGUGGAAAGAAAAGAUGCCGUCAACGUCAAGUCAAGUCGAUCUGGCAGCUUCAACUUCCAGACUUCCAGACUUCCACCUCUCCAACUCUCCAACUCUCCCUCAACCUCUUUACCACAGUUUACUUCCUAUAUUAGAGAGAGACUCCCUUUCAAUAACCCACCAUGUUCUUCUUCGGGCUCGGAAAACUCCUCUACGUCAUCAUCCUCAUAACCAAUUCCAUCGCAGUCCUCUCAGACGACCGCUUUCUCGCUAGAAUCGGAUGGGGUCGCGUACAAUCCGAACCAGCCUUCGGCACAACAUACGACAGCACCAGCGUAAAAGCAAAGACCAUAAACCUGAUUUCGAGCGUACGGACCGUGAUGCGAGUGCCUUUGAUCGCCAUCAAUAUAAUAAUUAUCGUCUACGAGCUUAUCCUCGGGUGAUCUGAUCCGCAUCCUAUCCGGUUGUUGUUGUUUUGUUUCUUACAUGCCGCGUCUGUUUGUCGUCUGAGUCGGGAAAGAGAGGGAAUCAAGGGGGUCUUUGCUGUUUACCCAGGUCGGUCAGUGACUACUGGCGGUUUGAAGCAUGUGCAGAAGGGUCUACAGAAUUCAUAGUUGGGAGUGGAGACUGUGACAAUAUGGUCCUCACGCGUGAAGACUCAAGAAUCUCCUCGGUUUUUUUUAGGCCGGGCGAACCAGAUAUAAUAAUGUGACUAUGCAAAUACUCAUUCUUGUUUAUAGAACGCUUUUUACGCUAUAAUCCAGGUUUGGUUUAUG